UCCAUCUUUUGUUGUUGAAGAAUUGCAAUUAGUAUGUUUAUCUAAAUGCAAAAAGAAUCAUCAAAUCGAAAAAAGUGUUCAAGAAUUGUUGUUUAAAAAGCGCGCACUGGAGAGCACUUGCUUUCAUUUCAUAUAACUUGUGAGAGCGUGAGCCAACGUCGGUCCUCUUUGUUUCCGCGUCCACAUAUGUAAAUUAAGCGAUCGGUUUUUAUUGUCUCUUCAAAUUGCACUCGAGAUUAAUUCAACAAAAACGCAAACAUGAUGAAAAAUAACAAAAGAAAGGGUGUAAAGUGUAGAAUUAAAUCAUGCUCACGAAGCUAUAGGAACGGCCCUCUUGUGCGACUUUUUAAAUUUCCCAGCAAUGACGCUCUGCGCCGCGAAUGGAUCGCGAGUUGUGGCUUACCCCAGGAUAUUGAUACGCGCAAUGCGUAUCUUUGCGAUAUACAUUUUGAAAAAUUCUGUUUUCACAAAAAGAAAAUAAGAUCAGAAGCAGUGCCUACCCUACAUUUGCCAGACCCUUCGCUGAUGCCUAUAGACAUUCCUAAAGCACCGGAUAAUAUGGACGAAACCCCGUUUUGUAGGGAAGACAACGCAAUUGCCAAAAUUCCGAUUUGCAGGAGCUUCGUGGACACAACACCAGCUGUGGAAGUAUGCCGGGCUUGCAUGACCAGCUCAGUGGCACUCGUGGAUAUCUUCGACGAUCAGAGGAAGCCCAGUCUGGCAGAUAUGCUAAACGACUGUGUCGCCUCCAUCAUAGUCCAACGAAAUGAUGAGCUACCGCAGAAAAUAUGCCUCUCGUGCAUUUGUGAUCUGCAAACGGCAUUUGCGUUCCAGCGCAGGUGUGAGGAAAGCCACCAAAAGUUACGCGAAAAGGUUAAUAAACGUAAGAUGGUAACUGCCAUAAAUAUGGAGAUGCCAGAGGAAGUCAUAGACAUAGUUCGGCUCAGAAUGGAAAUAGACGAAUUAUUGAGCAAUGGGGAUAAAUUGCCAGAUGAUCAAAUGGAAUUCCUGCCUGAAGAUGAAUGCAAAGCAAAUACACCCAUAAGUAUUUUCAGUUCUCGGGACGUUAAUACUAUGCCCGCCUUUAGCUCCAAUCAAAGACAGUCUAGCCUUCUGAUGCAUAACACAAAUCUAAGCAACAGCGAGGUUAAUGUCCGGUCCGAGCUACUUGGAACAGAAAACUGGGAGCUGGCCGAGCAAGAUAAUGAAAUAGGCUGCAGUAAAGAAAAAAAGGAUACAGAAGAUAACAUUAAAGAAAAACAAACUGAACUAAGCUCAAAGAACUACGAAGAAUGCACCGUGGAGAGCCAGAAAAUUUGUAAUCCUCUUGCUGUUAACGAGCCUGGAAUAGAUGCUAAGGAAAAUGAAUUGAAAUGCCCAUACUGCCAAAAAGCCCAUAAGCAUAAAUCUCUACUAAAGGUUCACAUUCGUACGCAUACGGGCGAACUACCAUAUCAGUGUCCUCACUGUCCCAGAGCCUAUAGCACGUUCCCCACUCUGCGCUCACACAUCUAUUUUCAUGGAGGUAAAACUACCUUUCAGUGUGUUUACUGCAAAAGACACUUUUUAGAGAAAGCCAAGUACGAUGAACACACGCGCUAUCAUAUUGGGCGCAAGGCUUUCAAAUGUUCACAAUGUCCAAAAAUCUUUGCUAAUUCUGCAUCUUUUAAAAACCACAUUAGAGCUCAUUCUCGAAUAGUUGCUAAAAAGAACCCAUUUAUAUGCCCACACUGUACUAAGAUCUUUAGUUGUAAAUCUAUCCUCGAUAUUCACAUUCGUAUGCAUACGGGCGAACGACCGUAUCGGUGUCCUCACUGCCCCAAAGCCUUUAUAAAGUUCGGGCUUCUGCGCGUCCACAUUAUGACUCAUGCAGGUAAAGUUACCUUUAAGUGUCCUCACUGCACAAGAUACUUUUUAGAGAAAGCCAAACUCGAUCAACACAUGCGCUAUCAUAUUGGUCACCAGGCUUACAAAUGUCCACACUGUCCAAAAAUCCUUGCUCGUCCUUCAAGGCUUACAAGGCACAUUAGAACUCAUGCCGCAAAUAACAGUGAGAUAAAUAUCCAGUCCGAGCUGCUUGAAAUUGAAAACUGUGAGCUGGCCAAGCAAGCUAAUGAAAUAGGCCCCAGUAAAGAAAUAAAGGAUACAGAAGAUAACAUUCAAGAAAAACAAACUGAACUAAGCUCAAAGAACUACGAAGAAUGCACCGUGGAGCGCCAGAAAAUUUGUAAUCCUCUUGCUGUUACCGAGCCUGGAAUAGAUGCUAAGGAAAAAAAAUUUAAAUGCCCACAAUGCCCAAAAGCCUAUAAGUGUAAAUCUUACCUCGAUGUUCACUUUCGUAAGCAUACGGGCGAAGUACCGAAGUAUCAGUGUCCUCACUGCCCCAAAGCCCUUUCCAGUUACCCCAGUCUACGCUCACACAUAACUACUCAUUCAGGGAAAACUGCCUAUAAGUGUCCUUACUGCAGAAAAUACUUUUUAGAGAAAGCCAAGUACGAUGAACACAGGCGCACACAUGUUGGCUACAAUGCUUACAAAUGUCCACACUGUCCAAAAAUCCUUGCUCGUGCUUCAAGGUUUAGAACGCACAUUUUAACUCAUACCGCAUAUAAUAGUGAGCCAAAUGUCCAGUCUGAAUGGGUUGAAAUAAAUUACUAUGAGCUGGACGAGCAAGAUAAUGAAAUAGUCUUCAGCAAAGAAGAAAAUGAUAAUGAAGAUAACAUUAAAGAAAAACAAACUGAACUAAGCUCACAGAACUACGAAGAAUGCUUUGAUGAAAUUGGCAAUCCUCUUGCUGUUAACGAGCCUAAAAUAGAUGCUAAAAACAACCAAUUUAAAUGCCCACAUUGCCAAAAAGCCUUUAAGAAAAAAUGUAACCUCGCAAAUCACAUUCGUACGCAUACGGGCGAACGACCGUAUCGGUGUCCUCACUGCCCCAAACUCUUUAAACAGUUCGUGCGUCUGCGCAGCCACAUUGUUACUCAUGCAGAUGAUGCUCCCUUCAGGUGUCCUUACUGCAGAAAAUACUUUUCAGAGGUAGAUAAGCUCGAUGAACACACGCGCUAUCAUAUUGGGCACAAGGCUUUCAAAUGUUCACACUGUCCAAAAAUUUUUCCUCGUCCUAGCUUGCUCAAAUCGCAUCUUAAAACUCAUAACAGUAAAAUGGUUGAGAAUUAAAUUUAGGAAAUUCCAAAAACCCAACCACAGUCAAAUAUAAUCAUAAAUAUAUUGUUGUAUAUA